AUGUACUCUAUCCAGAUUGGAAUGGACAUGUCAACUAUAUGGGUGAUCAAUGAAUCAAAUCUAAAAGAGCAAGUAAAAGUAAUUGAGCUUCGAAGCGGAAAAUCACUUGACAAUCCGCAUGUUACGAAGGUGGUUCAAGUUGACGAUGUGCCGAUCAAUAGUGACGAUGAGAUGGCUGAAACUCCAUAUGUCAAUGCCUUAGUUGGACAUCAUCCAACAAAGGUACAUGUAGAUGCCGAAAAAGAACAGUGUGAGGAUGAGAUCAAGUGGAAGCAGAGGUCUAGGAAGGAGUGGCUUGCCUAUGGUGACAGUAACACUCACUUAUUCCAUAGGAGAGCUACAAGGAGAAGAGCUAGAAAUAAGAUAGAUGGUUUGAUGGGCAGUCAAAGGAACUGGAAAGAAGAGCCUGGAGAUAAUACUAAUGUAGUUCAAAGUUACGUUCAAGACUUAUUUGAGUCUUCUAACUCUGAUAUAGAGGACUUAAAUGUUGUCACUAACCAUAUUGAGCACGUGGUGGAUGAGGAUAUGAACUCUAAGUUGUGUGCUGAGUUUAUAAAGGAGGAGGUUAAAAAAGCUCUCAGAGUUUUGGCCUCAACAAAAGCUCAUGGGGUGGAUGGUUUUCCAGCUUUAUUCUACAAAAAAGUACUGGAAUAUUGUUGGGAAAGAGCUAAUAGAUAUUUCCCUAUACUUGGUAAAGUUAUUGAUCAGGCUCAAAGUGCUUUUGUUCCUGGCAGGAGUAUAAUUGACAAUGCUUUAAUAAGGUUUGAGUGCAUUUAUUUGAUUAAUAACUCAAGGAAGAAAUCUAAUGGUCCCUUAGCUUUAAAGCUGGAUAUGGCCAAAGCAUAUGACAUGGUUGAAUGGUAUUUUAUUGAAAGUAUGCUUGUCAAACUAGGCUUCAAUGGAAUUUGGGUUAAGAAAAUCAUGAAUUGUUUGUAUUCUGUGAACUUUUCUUUUCUGAUUAAUAGUGAAGGACUUUCUAGUUUGAUUAAUAAUGAUGUUGCUGAGGGUGUUUUGCAUGUCAUUAUUUUUGGUGAAAACUUGCUGGUCUCCCACCUCUUUUUUGUAGAUAACAGUCUGCUGUUUGCAAGAGCCUAUGCUGAGGAGUGCUAUAAAAUUGUCGAACUUUUAAAGGUAUAUGAGAAAGCUUCUGGUCAAGUUGUCAAUCUGGACAAGUCAACUUUAUCGUUUAGUAAGGGGACAAGAGACUCUCUAAGACAACAUCUUCAACAGAUUCUGCAAGUUACAUUUGUUACUUGCCAUGAAACUGACCUGGGACUUCCUUUAGUAGGAGAAAAAGGGAAAAUUUCUCAGCUAUCAAAGAUAAAAUUUGGAAUAAACUGCAAUCAUGGAAGAAGGUUGAGAAGAUGUGCAAUAGGUUCUGGUGGAGUGGUUGUGAUGGUCACAAGAGGAUUCACUAGUCUACUUGGCAAGCAAUGUGUAAACCUAAAUGCAGAGGAGUGUCUUCUCUGUAGAAUCUGGAAACGUAAGUAUUUCAGGAAUGUUAGUUUUCUUGAAGCUAAAAGCAGCAGAACAGGUUCUUACACUUGGAAAAGUGUGCUCCGGGCCAGGGAUGUGUUAGUAGCUGGACUGAGCUGGAGAGUUGGUAAUGGAAGGAACAUUUACAUUUAUCAUGAUAAAUUGAUAAAUAGAGAAUCCACCUUCAAGAUCUACAUCAAACCUGGUAUGGAUGAGAAUGCUAAGGUUAGUGAGCCGAUUACAGAUAGUAAGGAAUGGAAUAUGGUGGUGUUAAGGAAUGUAUUUGAUGAGCAUGAAGUUAAAUGUAUUGCAAAUAGCCCUCUGGCUAUCACUAAUCAGAAUGAUGUGCUGAGAUGGCAUUAUGAUAAGUAUGGUAUUUAUAAUGUCAAGAGUGGAUAUCGGAUAGCAGAAGAAAUUAAGAGACAUGCAUCUAGUUCUGAUAAUGAACAAUUCUCAAAGUGGUGGAAAUAUUUCUGGAAACUUUUGAUCUCCUCAAAAGUUAAGAUAUUUAUCUGGAGAAUCUACCAUGAAUGGAUUCCUAUGAGAACUAGACUAGUGGUCAGAAGGAAUGGAUAUGAAUGUUAA